GGCACCUCCGCCCCGCGGGCAUGGCGGACAACGGAGGGAACCACGCCGCGAACGGAGCCGUGGAGAAUGGAGGUGACCACGCCCUCGCCGUUGCCGUGGCCGCGGCGAACGGAGGGGACCCCGACCUCGACCAUGCCGUGGCUGCGGCGAACGGACCCGUGGGGAACGGAGGGAACCACGCCGCGAAUGGGGCCGUGGAGAAUGGAGGGAACCCCGCCCCUGCGCCUGCCGCGGUGGAGGAUGGAGGGAACCCCGCCCCCGGUCUUGCCGUGGCCGCGGAUGGUGGAGAAGCCGUGGCGCCGGCCUUGAGGAACAUACCGCAGGAGGCACUCUACCAUGUCCUCCUCCGCUUGCCGGUCGCCGAGGUCGCCCGCUGCCGCACCCAAUGCCGGCUGUGGCGUGACGUCCCCAGCACGCAGGCCUUCCGCGAGGAUCACCACCACUUCGACCACGGCCGCUCCAUGCCGCUCUUCUUCUUCCACCUCGACCACCAGGCCGUGCCCCUCGACGACCAAGUCCGCGUCAAUCUCCGCGCCGUCGACAUCCGCGGCCGCACGUCCCUCCCGGUCAUGCGCUUCUCGCACCUCGACCCCGCGCUCCCCAUCGUCGACCCCCGCGUGUUCCGGAUCGAGGGCUCCUGCGACGGCAUCCUCCUCCUCUCUUACGGUGCCAGACUCUACGCCUGCAACCCCUGCACCCGCCGCUGGGCGCGCCUCCCGCCGCUCCACCACCUCGGCGACAUCGUCGGCUUCUACGUGGGCGGCUUAGCCUUUCAGAGGGAGUAUCGAGUGCUGUACCACCGUGGGCACCAAGACGCAGGCUGCAGGUACUGGGUUUUCUCCCUCCACUUCCCGGAGCAGGAGGGAAGGGACAUCGGGCGCCCAGCCGACUCGGAGGCCGUCCGCCUUGUCCUGGCCGGUGGGGUAUCUCCUUCCUGCGAAAUGCCACCCGUCAUGGUCGACGACUUCCUGCACUGGUUGCCACAGGUUCACCAGGACAACAGCUACGUGCUGAUGUUCAACACUAUUGACGAGCUGUUCCGUUGGAUUCCUCCUCCAAUGGUGCAAGAGGGAGACAGGGUGGUUCAGGUCGAGGGCGACCAGCUGCUUGAGAUCAAUGGCAGGCUCGCUAUGACCCUUGUUGCUUCGAGGUCAGUCGAAGUCUGGCUUCUCUAUCGCGCUUACGGUGUGGAGUUUUGGAUCUGGACGUAUAAGAUUGGUUUGCCGGAGGCUGCGAUUCGCGAUCACCAUGGCUAUGAUGAGCAAGACGAACUAUCCGCAGCUGUGUUCGUCGUGUCCGAGGAGCGAACCGUGCUGAUACAGUGCACGCACGCCCUGUUGCAAUGUGAUGCCAUUGGGACCGUGCUGCAGACUUACCAACUUGCUGGUAACUGCACCGUACUCUCCGGAUACAUGCUCCGGGAAAGCCUUAUCCUGCAUGCCUUCCUGCCGCUGCGACCGAGUGACGCUACUGACGGUGACCCACCUUUCUUCCAGGCACCAUAGGGUGUUGUGGUUGUUCUUGCCAAGCAACCUGUUUGCGUUUUUUUUGUGUCUACGCUUUAGGUGCUGAAUUUUCUAUACAUGGUGGUGAGUCAACAAAAUUGCUUUGGGCAGUGUAUUUCCACAAACUUGAUCUGGCGCUAAAUCAUUUCCUGUGUAGCUAAGCAUGAUGGUUUGGCUUCUGUUGAUACAUAUGUGCUCUAAUUCUUUGAACUCUGUGAUACGUUUGAAUGAGAAGAAACAAGCUGAUCUCUGUUUCCUAUAUGUAAUUAGCUUGCAGAAUUACAUACAGGCUAGGCUGUGAUACUGGUGAGUUUGCGAAUUAAUAUGAAAUGUCAGCUUCCUGAAAUUUGACGUUGGUUUAUUGACUUGUUAUUUAGCAGCGA